AUGAAGGUCACCUCAGCUUUGCUCGCUUCUUCUGCUUUUGCUACUUCAGCCGAUAUUUCUGCUCAUUUGAUUGCUGCGGACGGAAGCUUCUGGCAAAACGCUGGUAAACUGACAGCAAAUGCUGAUGCCAUCCUCAGAUCGUGGAACGGCAAAUUCGACAAAGAGAUGGACGAUGCCUUCCACAUGUGCACCAGCGGUUCUUACACCGAUCAACAGAUCAUCUGGGAGUGUGGCAAGAAAGUCACCAAAGCAACUUUCGACAAGAACCCCAACUUCAACCUUAUGGGCCGCUACGCUGCCAGCCAGUUCCACCAGCUCGACCAAAACGGCGACGGAAAGUUGAACUUCGAAGAGUUCAAACGCGGAUUCGCCGGCUUCUUCUCUACAGUUGGCUCUACUCUUGUCGACAUUUUCGAUGCCGAUGGAAACGGUGUCCUUGAGGGUCAGGAAAACCAUGACAUGCACUUUGGCCUGAACAACAUCUGGGACGAGUUCUCCUCCGAUAAGAACCGAAAGCUCAUCACUCCCAUCCUUGACACCUGGGUCGGAUCUGAUUUGGAUAAGAACGUCGAUACUCUUUCAAAGGCUGAGAUGACCGAGCAAGCCAUCCUUCACUCCGUCCCCUACUGGUAA